AGCUGCCGAGAGGGGGGACAUUCUUACCACCAACCACGGACAGACCACUCCGCUAUGCCGUUUGAAAACUGAGCCCCUGGAGAAACGAGGAGAAGGGCGCCGGGUGUGCACGGAAUCUAGGCACUCAGUCAACCAGCCGCCUGUAACUGUUUCGCUAAGCCUAAUUUUCAGAAGGUCAGCUGACCAGAACAGGGCUAUGACAUCACCUGUAUGACAUCACUCUCCCCUGAAAUCACCCCGCAGCCAGAAGUGGACAACAUCACCCACUAAUGUGGUUGGCAAGUUCUGCUGACGGACAAGUGACCAAGCCAAUCAGCUGUCUUCUCCAGGAGUAACUGUCCCCGUGUUCCUGCCCCUAAAGUAGAGUAGGCAGUAGAGUGUCCCAUUGGCUGAGCCCCUCAGGCCUGUGACAUGGUGACAUAAGCAGGCGAGCGUCAUGAGGGAGAGCCAACACCACCAGCACCAGCCUGCGUUACCUAGACUCUGAACAGACUCAUCUGGCUCAACCAAUCACCCAGCCCCUAGACACCGUAGAGGUGGCGUGUUGCUAGGCGGGGCGUGUCGCUAGGCGGGGUGGGAUCAUGCUGGGAUGCGUGUCUCGUCUGCGCCGGCUGGUCCGCUUCCUGCCCCUCCAGACGUCUCUCCUCCUCCUCUUCCUCUUCUGUGCCUUCAGCGUCUUCGUGUCAGCCUACUUCCUGUAUGGCGUCAAGCGGGAACUGGAGCCUCCUGGAGGCGGGGCAGAGGGGCCGUCCCUGGAACCCCCCGUGACCCUGUCCAGGCUCCUCCCCUUCCACGACGGGGUGGAGGGGGGGGUGGAGGGGCCGGAGGAAGCGGGGCAAGCCGGGCCCAGGACUGACCUAGUGGUUCUGGUGUUCGUAGAGAGCCAGUACUCCCAGCUGGGCCAGGAGAUAGUCGCCAUCUUGGAGUCCGGAAGGUUCCGGUACCGGACGGAGAUCGCCCCCGGUAAGGGGGACAUGCCCACGUUGACGGACGGGGAGCGAGGGAGGUUCACGUUGGUCAUCUACGAGAACAUCCUGAAGUACGUGAACCUGGAUGCUGACCGAGAGCUUCUGGACAAGUACUGUGUGGAGUAUGGAGUCGGCAUCAUAGGGUUCUUCAAGGCCAAUGAGAACAGCCUGCUGAGCGCCCAGCUCAAGGGCUUCCCCCUCUACCUGCACUCCCACCUGGGCCUGAAGGACUGCAGCAUCAACCCCCGCUCCCCCCUGCUCUUCAUCACACGCUCCGGCCAGCCCCUCCCAGGGCCGCUGCCCGGGGACGACUGGACCGUGUUCCAGUCCAACCACUCCACAUACCUGCCCGUCCUGCUGGCCAAGACCCAGUCUGCCGACAGCGUGCCGUCGCUGGGGCUAGGAGCCGCGCUGCUGCCCUCCGUGGUGCAGGACUUGGGUCUGCAUGAUGGCAUCCAGAGGGUUCUGUUUGGAAACAACCUCAACUUCUGGCUGCACAAGCUGGUGUUUGUGGACGCGCUGGCCUUCCUGACAGGAAAGAGGCUCUCCAUGUCCCUGGAGCGCCACCUGCUGGUGGACAUAGACGACAUCUUUGUGGGCAAGGAGGGCACACGCAUGAAGGUGGACGACGUCAAGGCUCUGUUGGAGACCCAGAGAGAGCUGCGUACCCACGUGCCCAACUUCACCUUCAACCUGGGCUUCUCAGGGAAGUUCUUCCAUGCGGGUACAGAGGAGGAGGAUCUGGGGGACGACCUCCUCCUCUCCUAUGGGAAGGAGUUCUGGUGGUUCCCUCACAUGUGGAGCCACAUGCAGCCUCACCUCUUCCACAACCAGACGGUCCUGGCCGAGCAGAUGCUGCUCAACAAGAAGUUUGCCGUGGAGCACGGGAUCCCCACCACCAUGGGCUAUGCCGUGGCCCCCCACCACUCGGGGGUGUACCCUGUGCACCUGCAGCUGUACGAUGCCUGGAGGAGGGUGUGGGGCAUCAAGGUGACCAGCACGGAGGAAUACCCCCACCUCAAACCUGCCCGCCACCGACGAGGCUUCAUACACAGGGACAUGAGCGUUUUACCUCGGCAGACAUGUGGACUCUUCACACACACCAUCUUCUAUAAGGAGUACCCAGGUAGUCCCAACGAGCUGGAUAAACUCAUCAAUGGAGGAGAGCUGUUCCUCACUGUCCUUCUCAACCCUAUCAGCAUCUUCAUGACCCACCUGAGUAACUAUGGUAACGACCGCCUGGGCCUGUACACCUUUAAGAAGCUGGUGUCCUUCAUCGAGACCUGGACACACCUGCGACUGCAGACCCUGGCCCCUAUCCAGCUGGCUCAGAAGUACUUCAGCCUCUUCCCCCAGGACAGAGACCCCCUCUGGCAGGAUCCUUGCGAGGACAAAAGGCAUAAGGACAUCUGGUCCAAAGAGAAGAUUUGUGACCGCUUCCCCAAGCUGCUUGUCAUCGGCCCCCAGAAGACAGGCACCACUGCCCUGUACCUGUUCCUGGGCAUGCACCCAGACCUCACCAGUAACUACCCCAGCAAGGAGACCUUUGAGGAGAUCCAGUUCUUCAACGGACACAAUUACCACCGAGGGAUCGACUGGUACAUGGAGUACUUCCCUCUGCCGUCCAACGCCAGCUCAGACUACUACUUUGAGAAGAGCGCAAACUACUUUGACUCUGAGGUGGCAGCCGAGCGGGCAGCUGCCCUCCUGCCCAAAGCCAAGAUCAUCACCAUCCUCAUCAACCCUGCCGACCGUGCAUACUCCUGGUACCAGCACCAGAGGGCUCACAACGACCCAGUGGCGCUGAAGUACGCCUUCCAUGAGGUCAUCACAGCUACCCACAAUGCCCCUGUGAAACUGCGUGUCCUCCAGAGGCGCUGUCUGGUCCCGGGUUGGUACGCCACACACAUGGAGCGCUGGCUGUCUCACUACCACUCCAGCCAGUUUCUGGUUCUGGAUGGUCAAAUGCUGAAGACUGAGCCGGCCUCAGUCAUGGACAAGAUCCAGAAGUUUCUAGCUCUGGAGAACACCCUUAACUACCACAAGAUCCUGGCGUUUGACCCCAAGAAGGGCUUCUGGUGCCAGCUGCUGGAGGGGGGCAAGACCAAGUGUCUGGGGAAGAGCAAGGGGCGCCUGUACCCUGACAUGGACCCUGAGUCCCAGGCAUUCCUCAAGGAUUACUACAGGGACCACAACAUGGAGUUGUCCAAGCUGCUGUACAGGAUGGGGCAGUCCCUGCCCGGCUGGCUCCGACAGGAGUUGGUCCGUACCAGCUAGCGAGCAGGGGCGGGGGGGGGGGGGGGUUGGCUGUCACAGCUCAGCGGACUGUACCACUGCUAAACCCCUGGGGUGAUCAAGGAGGAGGAAGAUGGGGGAUAUUCACAGCUGAACUCCUGAAUGGAGUCCUACUGACAUACAAAGGAAAGGUACUCUAACCACCCGUUACUAUGGAGACGUGGACCCAUGAAGCUGUGCUCACAGUCUUUAAAACAAGGCUGAGGGCAACAGGGUAAUGGGGGUACAGGGACUGUAGCUUGGAUCAGUGAGUCUCCACUGGCUUGCAGCCUGACAUGUGCUCCACUCUCUCCCAAGUUUCCUCUCCAGAUUCCCUUGCCUUCCCAUGGUCUAGUCCGGACAUAUGGACCCCGCACAGGACUGUACCAUGUCAGACCAUAAAUCAGGGGUGGUAAAGGCAAGAGAACAGAUGGCUGGGAAUUGAUUAACCUUACAAUUUGUGGAGGAAGAGGGAGACUUGGCUCUAGUGUCAGUCCUUUCAACUAACUGUCUAACACUCUGUUCAGAGCAUUAGCUAAACAGAAUCAAGACCGGUCUCCCCAGUGAAGUGAUGUAAAUAAAGCACUUGACUGACAGAAUGACAUUGGUUUGAAAAUGCCUUGAUGUUUCUUUAUGAAAACUAAGUGGGAUGUCUUGCUAACACUGGCUACAUGCUCUAGCCUUGUCCACUAGUUAAUACAAGUGCCAGAAGAGGUAUGCCAGUAGAUAAGUGUUCACAUUUCGAUAUAUUUUUUUUUACACUGGUUUCAACUUUUCUAUGGUGCUGUCAGAGUGUGUUAUUGUAGAAUGUAACUACGAGACUAAACACUUAAGUUCAGUUUCACUUCCUUCUCUCAUGUCUCAUACAUUCUGGUCUUUCUGCUCUGAUUGUUACUAUGACUUUUUGACCAGGUUAGGUACUUGGUUCUGGCCAGGUUAGGUUUAGUACCUGAGGUUCAGCUUAAAGGGUGUCAUAGCCACAAGAUAAAAGCACAAUAUUCACAGUGAUUCAUCUAGAAAAUGGUGAUUGUGAAUGUAAAAGUAGUACCUCUCCCACUCUCCUGUGAUGCAGUGACCUCUACCACUAUAUAACAAAGCUGCUCUUACUGCAAUAUUUUUGUACAAACGUCCAGACAUAAUGUCAACGUAAUGUUUAUGUUCCAACCCUGUAUCUAAUGUGCAUUAAGCUAGAUAUAGGCUGCAAGACACGCUCCAGAAUGUGGCUGAGUUGAGGGAACCCUAACCCAGAUUCAGAUCCAUCAACACACGUGUACUAUACUAGAAACCUGUUCUGGAGUGUUUUAAGGGUGUUCUAUACAAAACAUACUGCACUGGAGUAUUUUGAGGAUGAACUAUACUAGAAAAAUACUGUGUUGGAGUAUUUUGAGGAUGUGUUAUACUCGGAAUACUGUGCUGGAGUAUUUUGAGGAUGUAUUAUACUCGAAAUACUGUGCUGGAGUAUUUUCAGGGUACCGGUAUACUAUAUAUAAUAUAAAUACUGUAGUUCAGUCAUUUGAAAAACACGGAGGGUUAUCUGCUGAAACAUCUACUUAAUUUGUGUUCACAAGAUGGCUCCCUCCAGCCUCCCACUGCCAACUGGUGCACGGAGGAACUUGGUUCAUUUAAAGGAUUCAUAAUAAAAGGGUUAAUUAACAGCUAAGACGGUACUAAUAUCCAGGAAUCUGUAAGAUAAUGACUUGUAAUUGUUGUCAAUAAUUUUUACUGUGUUACUAAUAUUAUCUGUGCUUUUUAAUUUGCGAAUAAACACAACUGUAUUUUU